ACCUUUUUCUCUUCCACAUACAUCACACAUCAGAUUUAGGACUUCCCUUUUUUAGCCUCAUAACCUCCAAGCUAAAAGCUUCUGAGUUUUUGCCAAUUUUGUAAAUUUCUAUAGCUAACCCUUCUAAAUUUUAUUCUCUUUUGGGUAAAAUUAUUUCUUCAUCAACUCUCUCUCUUGCUUCAUCAAUUGGGUCAACUGUUCUUUAUAUUUUCCUCACUUCAUCCAUCUUUUUUUUUUUUUUUUUUUUUUUAAGGAGAUGGUGAGGGGGAAAACUCAGAUGAGGCGUAUAGAAAACGCCACAAGCAGGCAAGUCACUUUCUCUAAGCGCAGAAAUGGUUUGCUCAAGAAAGCUUUUGAACUUUCAGUUCUGUGUGAUGCUGAGAUUGGUUUGGUUAUUUUUUCUCCAAGAGGCAAGCUCUAUGAAUUUGCUAACUCAAGCAUGCACGAUAUAAUGGAGCGUUAUAAGAGGCAUACUAAAGACAGAAUUCAACCUGAAAACGAAACUGUGGCACAGAAUCUGCAGUAUUUGCAGCAUGAGGCAGCAAGUUUAAUGAAGAAGAUAGAGCUUCUUGAAACAUCAAAAAGGAAACUCUUGGGAGAAGGUCUGCAUUCCUGUACCCUUCAAGAACUACAACAGAUAGAAAAACAGUUGGAACGGAGUGUCAGCACCAUCCGGGCACGAAAGAUUCAAGUUUUCAAGGAACAGGUUCAGCGACUAAAAGAAAAGGAGAAAAUCCUUGAUGCUGAAAAUGCAAUGCUGAGGGAGAAGUUUGGUGGCUUUCAACAGAGACAAACACCAAGUGGGGAGAAGGAAGGAGAAGCUCUUUGUACAGAGAGUAGCGAAAAAUCAGAUGUGGAGACUGAAUUGUUUAUAGGACCACCAGAGUGCAGAAUAAGGCAUCCAUUACAGAAUUGACCGGUUAAACAUAUUCUGCCCUAUCUGCAUUUAAGGGUGUAUAAUCAAUUGUCAAAUAGUCGUUAUGCUAAAUAAAUGUGCAUUUGAGCAAGCAAACUAAUUAGGCUUAUGUCUCUUUGGCGCAUCUGAUGGAACUUAUAUUUCCUUUGACACUCUUAGUAAUGAACUCCUCUAUUUAUGAUGUUAAGCACCUGCUUGCUGCUUUCAUAUUUGUAGGACAGCUAUAACAACACUUAACAAUAUUCUAAUAGUUGUUUAUGGUAUAUAUCAGGAAAAUCUUAAGCA